AUGAGACUACGUUUAAAUGUGCGCAGGCACAAUCUUCCUGACUGCCCCAUCAUCUGGGAUGUCAACACCUCAACAUCCGCACCUACAGUGUCAGAAUUACUAAAUGAAAUUAAUGAUGUAAUUCCCAUCGAAUCUACAGAAUGGGGGAUGGAGGAUUAUGCUGUUGAGGUGAAGGGGAAGGAAGGACUUAAUUAUGAAUGUCUGCACUUUCAACCUGUUGACAAAGUAAUGAAGGAAGAAGAUGAAGUAAUCAUUCGCCCACUUCUUACUAAUGAUCUGCGAGCACGAAGAAUAUCUGGAAGGCAUCAAAUUUCGGCGGAUGGGAGACAUUUGGUUGACGGUAUCGCGUAUGGAAGACCUAUGUUAAGGAGACCUAUGAACCGCCCAGCAAUUGAGAUUCCCCCUCGCAAACGACGUAGAAUUACAAUCGAUGAAGAUGAGGAUCCUGAGGACGCCGAAGAUACUGAGCCAGCAGCCAAAAGAAUUGCUUUUCAACCAGAAGUUGACGAAGAUGAAGACGAUGAAGACGACGAUGAUUUUGAUCCAAAUGCAGACAAUUACGAGGAUGAGGAAGAAGAAAAAGAAGAAAGCGACGAGGAAGUCGCGGAUACAGGAAGUCGACAAUUAGUUAUUCGUGCAGAUUUUGAGGAUGACGAUGAAGAGAGUGAUGAGGAGAUUGAGAAUACAGACGACCGACAACUGGUCCUUCAUGCAGAUUUUGAAGAUGAUGACGAAGAAGACGAUGAAGACUUUGAGCCAGGAUUAGAGGAGCAAAAUUCGGAGGAUGAGGAGAACGAGGAGGAAGAUUUUGAGGGGUUUCAAGAUGACCAGCCAAACUCGACCACUCCCGGCAAUGAAACGGAAAAAUCAGGCGAUGUUGACGAGCUAUCUGCUGCCGACCGGGCUGUCCUUUCAAGUGUCAAGAGCCCAUCAACAAGAGCAAAGAUUUGCGAAUUGCAUACUGCUUUUCCCAGCGCCUCUAUGUCCGUUGUCAACUUUGUCUUAAAGGGUUCUGAUGGAGACAUAUCCCACGCCUAUGAGGCUCUGGUUCGAGGAUACGUUCCUGCUAAGCCGAAGAGCUCUAUCUUACAAUCAUCUUCUAAUCAUCCCAAGUCACCGAAGGUCUCGUCUAAAGCCCGAGUCUCCAAACGCAGUGAAGCAGGAAUCACAUCCAAGCAAAAUGAUCCGGCACCAACCAAUAAGAUGGAUUUAGACGAUGAAGAAUCUGGCUCGGAGGAGGAAGAGGAAGACGCGUUACUUCAACACUAUGAUCAGCACGGUUUACCGCCAGGUUCAAUUACUUCAGGCAAAGCAUUAUCAUAUAUGGCUGAAGCUAUGGAGGGUGCUCCUGAUUCAAAGCCAAAACAUACCAAGUUUGAUACUGGUUCCGCAGCUGUUUCUACUGGCAAUGGUAUCACCUUUGCAGGUAGAGAUUUGAGCAGCGGGCUUACCUCUACACCAGCAAUAGAUAUCAAGUCUAAUGAUGAUGAAAUAUCUAUUGAUAGUGAUGGUUCCUCAGAUUCGUCUUCCGAAGCCGAUUCAAGCAGCAGUAGUGAUGAUAGCGAUGAUUCUUCUAGCGGAGACGAUUCUAGUGAGGCUGCCGACGCAUCAUCCUCAUCUUCUGAUAGUGAUAGCGAUUCUUCGAGCGAUUCUUCGAGUGAUGACGAAGCACCGGAAGUCAAAUCGAGUAAGCAGGUUGCGCCAGUGUUUGAAGCUGCUAAGUUAGAACCUAACCCAUCUACCGACAAGCUUGUUUCAAACCCACGAGUUCCUGUGCCUCCUAGACAGGGCAAGAAAUCAACGCAAUCCAGGAAUCAGCGUCGUAAACAGGGUAUCGCUCUUGCCAAGCUUAAAGAGCGAGGUAUUCUUCCAGAGGACACUAAAACAUCUGAAUUCAAUCAGCUAGAAGUCAAUGAUAGCACUUCCCCCGAAGACGCAUCUGCCGCGCUAGCAGUAUUGAGAGCCAACGCCAGCUCUGUCAAAAUUCAGAAUGGAACAAAAAAAGCACUCUCCGAAGCCGACGAGUUCGAGGCGCGGCGACGUGAAUUGCUCGCGUCUCUUGCGUCCGGUGGUAUCGAGGUAUCUCCAACAACUGGCAAAACUGUGGUUGAUACUAUGAAUGUCGACGUGCCCGAAAUGGUAAGCGGUGCUCCUAAAACUGGCAAAGAUACAUCUGAGAACCCUACUGAAGAUUCCGAUAUCGCCAAUGUGGGUCUACAAGAGGAUUCUGACUCCACACCAACAAGUGAAAAUCAACCAGCCAAAUCACGACGAGCGAAAUUGGACGUGGAUGCCGGUCGUCGAUUAUUGUUUGGUGCACUUGGUAUGAAGAAUCCCAAGACGAAGAAGGACGAGGACAAGCUUCGUAAUGACUUGAUGAAGGAUGUCCGUGUUUCUAAAACUGUUAACCCACCUGAAGAAGUUCUUGCCCAAGAGACUGACAUUCUCGCUGUUGAUAACGAUAGAUGGAGAGAUAAGGUUGCUGCCUAUCGAGCGGUCGAAUGUUGUCAAGAAGGUGUUGUAUUAAGCGAGCCACCGUUUCCAUUCGUUCAACGAUGGGAUCCUCAACAACAAAAUCAUAGAGGUGGCAAGAGGAAGAACCAGGCCCAAGGGCACAAUGAAGAUUCACAAGGUUCAAAGAAACGAAAGAGACGCAAUGGAAAGCAAAACUACUCUGAAGAACAGGAGGAGUAUUUUGACGAAUCAUACCAGCCAAGCUACGAGGAAGAUGUCACGGAGACACAAUCGACGGAGCCACCAGCGAGACAGGUUGAGAGUGUGGAGCUCAGGACUGAUCUGGGGGAUCUUAUUCAAGAAACCCCUGAUCUAGUCGAACUCCCAGAAGAUCCAGCUACUCUGCCAAAUCUAGAACUACACACAGUACAAUCUGGAAUGAUCAUUGCCUUCAAGCAAAUGCUUAUGGACGAAUCUACAAAAUGGCAACCACAGAUUUCAGCUUAUCGCACAGCCUCUGUUCUAUCCGUCGACGAUAAUGGUGAUAUCACAGUUUCUUUGGCAAGAAGAGACAGAGAUUAUCCAGUGAAGCAUUACGAUGAAAAUGGAGAAAGGAUUUGGGGAAAGUUUGAAAUGCCCAAUGAAGAAGAGGAUGAAGAGGAAGAGGACAAUGGAGAAAUGGUCAUCACUUUCUACGAGCUUGUCGAACCGAAGAUUGUCGCCCCUGCCCCAGUAAGCCUGUCUACCGAAAUCUCCAAAAAUGGCAUGGCGACUGAUGAUUCCGUGACUUUAAGCAACGAAAACUUAGAUGAAACACAAUGUUCCCAUGUCACAGAGACGCAGUAUUAUGACACAGACCCACCAGCUCCUGCCGAAACUGCAGACAUAAUCAGAACGCCACGUAAUUCAAAGCUGGAGUAUCUGCAAGCUGAAGCAUUACCGCAAUCAAUCACUGAUAGUGCUAAGGAAAAUAUUUCACAUCUUAUCAAGGAAGCUGGUUUUCGCUCUAAUGUACCCUCCUCCAUAGUCCGAGAUUUUGCUCUCAACGAUUCGGAAAAGGGCGAAGAAGCGCUUAAGCACGAUAGAACGAGGACAGAACCAAUGGAUGAAAUUGACGAAACCUCGUUUUCGCCAAAAUUCAAUGGUUUCGGUUCGAGCUCACCGAUCCGACAAUCACAGUCAAUCACUUCUCCUGAUAGGCAACAAUCGAGUUGGCACACUGUAGGAUCUCAAGAACCUUCAAGCGUUCUAAACCACGAUAAACCAGAAGUGUCUGCAACUCAAGAAUCUGAAUCAACUAACGAAAAGGACCUAACAACAAGAGUGCCUCAGGUAACUCCAAAUGUACCCAACAUUCACACCAAGCCAACCACCAAGAAAAUCAAUGUCAACAAGGCUCAGGCAUCGUGGGAAGCCCUUCAGCCACGUAGAAAUGCAUCUAGUCCAGUUGAGACAGACCAAACACUUGACACGAUUGAGGUAGAUUGUAGAGCAGCAGACCCAAAGUUAUCGGGACAAUCAUCAUUCGCAAGUUUGGUCACUGACCAUGGACGGCAACCAGAUUUCAGUUUUGAGAACAUACGAAACCAGGAACUUCAUGACGCCAAAACAGAUGUUACAACAAUUGAUAUGGCAACACAUGAUGGUGACGAGUCUGAACUUCCUUCACACCGAUUCAAUUCAUCUAGCAAACCUACUGAGAACGACGAUAAGGCUGUACCUUCAUCGGAUGAUUUUCCAACUGUUGAAGAGUUUCUCAGCCAGCCUUCCCAGCCUCUGAAGGAGCCUGAGGGGAACGCUUCGCAGCCUCCACCAAAAAAGCCGCAAGCUGUUACUAGGACGAGAAAGACAUUGGCAGGAUUCGAUGAUACACAGUCUUCAGCAAUCCCAGCAGAUGACAAGAGUAAGAAAGCCUUGGUGGCAUUUGAUGAUUCAGACUCAGAGUCGGAUACAGUGCAGGUGAAAGCCGAGCUUGGAUCAAAGGGGGCUGGAACUAAACCAAAGAAGACCAUUGCUGCAUUUGAUCCAUCUUCUGAUGAAGAUCAGACCACGCCUAAAACAUCUAAAGCACCACAAAGUUCGCAAUACAUGGAUCUGACCCUUUCAAGCGAUAUAGAGCCCGAACCUGAAAAGGAGAAAUUGAUUGGCGAAGGCUCAAACAGGGAUGAAGAUUUUGAGGCAGGAUGGGGAGCAAAGACAAAAAGUAAUUUGAGAGGAUUAAAGAGACAAGGGAGUAAUAGCUUGGGGGGUGCGACAAACACUUCUCUGAACACCAAAACUUCCAGAAAAAGAUUUUGA